AUGGGGAGAGGUCGUUAUUGCGCGCGUCAACUUACCGCGCUGGUGCGGAAAUUCCUGGAUGAUCGUACCUUUCUUCCGGUUAAUCCCUAUGGAGAUUGGAACCAAUCGAUGCUCAUUGAUGAGGAUUUAUCCCUGGACAUCAAUUUGUAUCUCCAGGAAAUCGGAAAGGAUGUCUCAGCAAAGAAGGUGGUCAGUUUUCUUGCUCGGGAAGAGGUGAAACAGAAACAUGGCAUUACCAAAGCGAUUUCUGAACGGACGGCGCGUCGAUACCUGAAUGCGCUGGGUUACCGAUUCCGCACUGCAAAGAAAGGUCAAUAUGCAGAUGGUCAUGAGCGCGAGGACGUUGUUUAUUACCGGGACCACACUUUCUUACCACAAUGGAAAGCGCUUGAAGCUCGAAUGGAAAACUGGAGCAAAGAGAAUGAGAAGGAACAUGGUCCUCGACCUGAUGGAAAAACAGUCAUAUCUUGGUUCAACGACGAAUGCAUAUUCUAUGCAAAUGAUCGUACGCCGCGUGGGUGGUACCACAAGGAUUCCCCGGCAAAACCGUACACAAAAGGAGAGGGCGUGUCGUUGAUGAUUGGCGAGUUUGUGUCAGCCAAAUUUGGUUGGCUCCAGUCGCCAGAUGGGAAACAAAGCGCUCGCAUAAUCAUGAAGCCAGGGAAGAAUCGUGAUGGAUAUAUGACGGCAGAUGACAUCGUUAACCAAGCCAACCGUGCAAUGGACAUACUCACGGAGUGGUACCCUGAGUAUGAGCACAUUUUCAUUUAUGACAACGCGCCCACGCAUCUGAAAAGACCGGAUGGCUCGCUUUCGGCUCGUCGGAUGCCAAAAAAUAUCCCAAAGGAAGGACAUAACUGGGGGGUUGAAGUUACAAAGCGUGACAAUACAGGAAAUCUGGUUCACCUACCUGACGGAACAACUGCCAAGGAGAAAAUCAAAAUGGGUAAUGCAUGCUUUGCUGAUGGGACUCCCCAAGCGCUGUAUUUCCCAGAAGGUCAUCCUCGCGCCAGCGUGUUCAAGGGAAUGGCGUACAUCUUGGAGGAGUGUGGACUUGUUAAGGAGUCGAAACUCCGUGCGGAAUGCAAGAACUUCAAAUGCGCUCCACCGGCUAUUGAUUGUUGUUGUCGCCGGGUUCUGUACAAUCAACCCGAUUUCACGCACAUUCCCACUAUUCUCGAAAACGCCUGCAACACUCGUGGAUUCAGGUUGAUAUAUCUUCCGAAAUUUCACUGUGAAUUAAAUUUUAUUGAGCAGUGCUGGGGCUAUGCCAAGAGGAUUUAUCGCUUAAACCCGCCAUCCUCGAAGGAAGAAGUUCUUGAAAAGUACGCGCUAGCUGCGCUUGAUUCAAUUUCUCUUGCACAAAUGCGACGCUUCUCUAAUCGCUCUCAAAAAUUUAUGGAUGCCUAUGUUAAAGGUCUCAAUGGCCGACAAGCAGCAUGGGCAGCCAGGAAGUACAAGGGUCACCGAGUGCUUCCUGAUAGCCUAAUGGAUGACCUUGAGAAGGCAAAAAUCACUUGA